AUGCCUCUUGACGCUCGUUCUCCUGUGAUUUUACACUACCUUCAGAAUCUCUUCCUCAUUACGCUUUGCGCAGCAUUCACUCCUCUCUUGACAUCGAUAGCUAUACUCUCUACCCUCCUAUCACCCCUCAUCACCUCCACACAAAUCCAACACCCCCUCAAAUGGCGCACAAACUCUAAAUCCCCUCCCCGCACAAUCCUAGUAACAGGGGUAGGAAUGAGCAAAGGCCUCAGCAUCGCGCGCUCCUUUUACCGCGCAGGCCACUGGGUCAUUGGCGCAGAUUUCGAGCCCUACUACAUGCCCGUCUCCGGACAUUUUUCCAAGUCACUCCGAAAGUUCUACCGUCUGCGGAAACCGGGGGGGAAAUCAGGAGCGGAGGAAUAUACCAGGGAUAUUGUGAAUAUCAUUGAGAAAGAAAAGGUGGACCUAUGGGUAUCGUGUUCGGGCGUUGCGUCUGCGAUUGAAGAUGGAGAGGCAGCGGAGAUGGUGCAGCGGAGUACGAAAUGUGCGGUUGUGCAGUUUGGGGUGGGGUUGACGGAGACGCUGCAUGAGAAAUUCUCGUUCAUUAAAUAUACCAUGGAGUUGGGCUUGAACGUACCGCUUACGUAUAAGAUUCAUUCUUGUGAAGAGGCAUUGGAAAUUUUGCACCCGGAGAAUGGAGAAUUGGUGGGUAAACAGUUUAUUAUGAAACCGGAAAUGGUCGAUGACAGUGUGAGGGCUGAUAUGACUCUGCUUCCCUCUCCGUCACGCACACAAACAAAUAAACAUAUUCAAAAACUCAACCCCUCACUCAAAAGACCAUUUGUUCUUCAGCAAUACAUCAAAGGCAGAGAAUACUGCACACAUAGUAUUGUUCUCCAAGGCAAAAUCCACGCAUUCGUCUCAUGUCGCUCUUCAGAUAUGUUAAUGCACUACCAAGCUCUUCCGCCUUCGUCUGCUCUCGCCAAAGCCAUGUUUCACUACACUACUCUCUAUAUUCAGCGCGCUGCGGAAAGAACUCCUAAUUCCCCCGUCACCGGACAUUUCUCUCUCGAUUUUCUCAUCGACGAGGAAAUUGCUCAGAACGCAGAGGGUUCUCUUCAUCCUUCAUCCAAGGAAAUCGAAAAAUUGCAAAGAGAACUCUUCCCUAUUGAAUGCAAUCCCCGCGCCCACACAGCGGUGGUUCUACUCAAUGAUUCUGCGGAAGAAAUGGCAGAGGCCUAUUUAUCACUAUUAACCGACAACAGCACGAAUGGAAACGAAGAUCCAAUAGCCCCUCGUCCCCAAGCCGUCAACGGGGGUUAUUAUUGGAUCGGUCAUGAUUUCGUCACGAAAGUCCUUCUCCCAAUAUAUUACUUAAUCAACUUCCAAAAAGGAAUCACGAAUCUAGUGAGAGAAUGGUUGGAAUUCGGUACACAUGUAUUACUGUGGAAAGAUGGCACGUAUGAGAUUUGGGACCCUUGGCCAGCGUGGUGUUUGUAUGUGGUGUUUCUACCAGGAUGUUUCUGGGCGAGCAUGUGGGAGAGAAAAUGGUGGAGUAGGUGUAAUGUUAGUACGGGGAAGUUUUUUGGAGUUUGA